GUUUCUGAAAUUGGUUCCGAUAGAACAGUGCAGCAAUGCAAAAAAAAAUUAUCAGAUCAAAAGUUAGACAGCAAAGCAAAAGCAGCUCGCAUCACCACUAGUUUAUGUAAGACGGGAGGAGGUGAGGGAAGCAAUGAAGAACUGAGUUUAAUUGAUCAAGUAUUAAUUACCAAAAUGCCAAAAGUUUCUUACAUGGGAAUUCCAGGAGGCAUUGACACACAUAAGCAGUGCAGAAUAGAUCACGAUGAGGACGUUAACAUUGACAUGAUAACAAAUAAAUUUCUACCACAACCCGGAGAAAAAAUAGAUGCACAGGUUAUUGAGAUGAAAAAAAGCGAAACGAUGUCUGAAAUAUUUAACACGGAGUGUUUUAAUGAAAAUAGCAAAAUACGUAUUCAACGGCCUGGUGACAAAGAAAACUAUGUUAGAAAGAAAAUUCCUUUACAACGAUCUUUAUCUUCUUCAUCUACAUUUUCUUCAUCGCCAUUUCCUCAGGGUUCUAACUACAAAUACAAUAAAUGCAAUGAUAUCAAGCGAAUCGACAAUCCUUAUAUUUAA